AUGGAUAUGAGGAAUCGCGAGCUAGAGUUUGUUGUUGGUGACAAAGUCUUCUUGAAAGUGUCGCCAAUGAAGGGAGUGAUGCGGUUUGGUAGAAAGGGUAAGCUUAGCCCUCGUUUUAUUGGCUCUUAUGAGAUUGUUUGGAGAAUUGGAAAGGUGGCUUAUAAGUUGAAGUUACCGUCUGAGAUGGCCAUGGUGCAUUCUGUGUGCCAUAUUUCGAUGUUGAGAUUGUAUAAAACUGAUCCUUCUCAUGUCUUGACACAUGAAGAGAUUGAAUUCAAUGAAUGGUUGUCUUAUAAAGAGGAACCGAUUCAGAUCCUAGAUCGACAAGUUAGAAGGUUGAGGACGAAAAAUGUAGCUUCAUUAAAAGUCCUGUGGCAAACCCAAAAUACUGAAGAAGAAACAUGGGAAGCAGAGGAGGACAUGAAUAAAAUAUACCCUCACUUAUUUUCUAUUACAGAUGAUAUGGUUGUUGGGAAUCCUUGUGAGGAUCAUAUCAUUCCUUUAGGAAGUUACUAG